AUGUUGGAAGAGCAGCCGGAAGUGAAGGAAGCCAUCGAAAAUAACCGAUUCGAGAUCGUUCUCAAAAAUGUUCGCAUCGAUUCGGUCACCGAAGCGGCCAAUUUAUCACAGAAGCGAGUGUUCGAAAGUGUUCGUUUUCGGAUUCCCCGGUCCCGUUCCGUAAUUGGUCCUUCAGAUGCCCCAACUCAAUCUGCUCUCUCUGACUGGCUGUUCCCUCCAGAACCUCUCGUCGUCCAUCAAAUUCUGUUCCAAUCUCAUAUCGUUGGUUUUGCCAAGUAAUGAUCUGAGACAGCUGCCCGAUAUUUUCGGUUUGUCCCAGUCCUCAUUCUUCUCAAUUCCUCCCAUUUUAGAUUCCUUUCCAAAGCUUAAAUUCGUGGAUCUUUCUCACAAUUCUCUCGAUUCGCUGCCCUCGUCACUUUCCACAUGCGAAACCCUCGAAUCUCUGAUUCUGAACAACAACGUGCUCACCCAGUCGAGCUUCCCCGAUCUUUCGAAUCUACUGAAUCUGCACGUCUUCGACGCCUCGCACAACAAUCUCUCCCGAAUACCUUCUUCUCUCACUUCUCCCAAUUUGUCCGCCAAACUGCACACAAUCACGCUCACGCACAACGCCAUCGAGGAAAUUCCGAACAGUCUGAGCAAUUUAAAACAAUUGAAAGACUUUAAAAUCGAUGAGAAUAAGCUGAGAGAAGUGCCGACGGUUCUGGCGUUUCUGCCGAAGUUAAAAGUGUUGGAUAUCUCGCAGAACACGUUCUCCGAAAGUCGUUUUUUGAAACUGGCGAACGAUAAACGGGCGAAGCUGAACGCGAUCAUCGCAUUGGCAAAGAAACUCGGAAAACCGAUGGAGAACGAAAAGGAAGAGAACGACACGUGUGCCGAUGAAAAAGCAGAGACCGAGGAGUCCGAGAAGAGAAAUUCGCUUGUCGUCCGCACCGGAAUCGAAAAUCUGACUGUCCGCAGACAUCCGAGUGUCGCUGAAAUCCGUCCGUUCCUCGUGUGCUGCGUUUUCAAUAACGUCGAUUUGAACGGUGAUUCGUUCAAAAAGUUCAUAGCACUGCAAACGAAAAUGCACGCGUCGUCACUGUGCGAGAAUCGAACGCUUUCUGCCAUCGGAACCCAUCGUCUCGACUCUUUUCAACUUCCGCUGUGCUACAUGGCCUUGCCGAAAGAGGAUCUCUACGUGAGCAAUUCGGAAUUUCCCUUCCUAUGUAAUUUGUGAUACCUUCAGAUUCGUGCGCUCAAUAAAAAGUCAAGCGUCAGUGCUUCUGAGCUGCUCGAUAGCCUUUUGAGAGACGCGGAACUCGCCAGGAAACGAAGCAAAAGAAGCACGGUGGAUCCGUUGCACAAGUAUCUUCACAUAGUGAAAGACGAACAAGUGCUCGCCUGUCUCGUCGAUUCGCAACAAAUAGUAAUCAGUCUGCCUCCGAUAACGAACUCGGACUGCACAAAAGUAAGACAUUCUUCUGGAUAAGCUCUAUUAUCUCGAUAUUUGCAGUUGACGGUUGAUACCACGAGCAUUUGGGUCGAAGUUUCAUCAAGACAGUCCCUGGAAGCAUGCAAGAAGACGAUGGACGAGCUCGUCGUCGCGAGUGCUCUCUUAUUCCCGGAUCUUUCGAUCGAUCAAGUCCGAGUAGUUGACAACGAAACUCUGGUUUCUGUUUAUCCAGAUAAAAACGAUCUUGCCGGAAUGUCCGUCGAUCGGUUAGCCCAAUGAACUUCCAAUUUGUCUUCCCGUCACCUCCCCGUUGUUGUUCUGUUUCUUGUUGUUUCCAUGCCACAAUAAAAUAUUGCUUUCCCAUGUGGGAGUAUUCUCCCCGUUCCCCCACUCUCUUUUCUCUUUCUCUGGUCUCCGGCCAUGAUUAUAUCAAAUUCAUGGCGCGAUAUCGUCGAAUCAGUUGCCAGAACAGAGGGCAUUUUCAGAAGAAGGAAUCGAUUAGGAAUGACCGAAACGAGGUGGGAACUCUGCAUUCACGCCUUCUCCUAAUCAUGCGUUUCAGCGGCGUUUCCAUUGCGAGCAGCACGAUUGUGUGCGCAGAAGCGGAGAUAAAAGGAGAAGUUACGAUCAAGGAGGGCUGCGUCGUCCAUCCGCACGUCAUCUUCGAUGCCACGAAAGGGCCGAUCUUCGUCGGUGACAAUAACAUUUUCGAAGAGUAUUCCGUCAUUUGCAACAAGUCAGAAUCCCCGCUCUCUGAUUAUUAGCAAAUAUUUGCAGCAGCGACGGGCAGCCAAUGAUAAUCGGCGACUCGAACAUCUUCCAAGUGCACUCGAAGUGCAGCGCCAAGUACGUCGGAAGCCGGAAUGUGAUCGGAGUGCACGCGGUGCUCGAGGACGGCUGUUCGGUGCCCGAUGACUGCAGCGUCGCGCCCAAAUCACACGUCUUCUCCCGACAGAAUCUCGAUCCUUCGGUCGCUGUGCACGGACAGUUCGGGGAGCAUAGACAGACGGUCACUCCGAAUUUGGUAAAAGAAAUCGGAACUAGAAAAAGUAAGGCAUUUCUCUCGUUUCAGACGCCCAACACGCAACUGGAAUUCCUCCGAAAGGUCAUUCCAUCCUAUCACCAUUUGUACGGAAAGAAGAGGGCGACGGCGGCGAACCAAUGA